AUGAAGAAGACCCCACCCCCUCCAGAUAGGAAGCGCGCGAAGGCGAGGGGGAACGCGAUGUUUGAAGAACCCAGCAGCGAACCGCCACCCUUCUUCAGAAAAGAGAAGGCAGCAUGCCGGCCAUCAGCGACUCGAGCCAGCAGAGACAGGAGCCAGAAGCAGCAGCAGGAGGAGGAGGAGGAGCAGAAGCCUAGCGCCGUGCUGAAACGCCGCAGAUACAGCAACGCAGCGCUGCAUCGUUGGCUGCGAGUGGCCUUGCACUGCGUGCCUUUUAAGCGCCGUGGUAUGUUGGAAUCCCAAGAUCCAACGUUCCAGGAUGCCAGAAGUGGAAUCAGAAAGAAACAGCUUCGUUUCAGGGUGUGGAGGUGUUCGGCGGCUACACUGGAGUCACGUGGUGUGAUGACAUCAUCGGUUGGCAGCCGGAGAGACUUCCUUCUUGAAGAACAGGACAGGACAGGACAUGAUGCAUUGGACGGGCGAGGGGCGAGGGGCGAGAACAGAGCAAAAUUUCUCAUGUCUCCGGUAGAACGGAGAACGGAGAACGGAGAGGAAAGAACUGGUAUCAUUGAGGCGUAG